CCCACUUUGUCACCUGUGUCAGCCCUCGAGCUCCUUGAGGCAAAGUUUGCUGACACAGAAGUGAGGAAAGUAGCUGUGAAUUGGAUCGAGAGCAGCAGUGAUGAUGAGCUGGCUGAUUAUCUCCCUUAGCUUGUUCAGGCAGUGAAGUUUGAGUGCCACCUCAGCAAUGCCUUGCUUAUGUUUCUGUUGUCUCGGGCUCUGGGAAAUGUCAACAUUGCACAUUAUCUUUACUGGCUGCUGAGAGAUGCUGUGCAGGAUCCAGCAUUUGGUCAGCGUUAUGACCCCAUCCUUGGAGUGUUGUUGUGUCUCUGUGGGGCUGGACUGAGAGCUGAACUUGAGAAGCAGACAAAGCUUGUGCAGCUGCUGGGUGCUCUGGCUGAAAAGGUGCGCCAGGCGAGCAGCUCCACUAGACAGGUUGUGCUGCUCGAGGGACUAGAGAGGGUUCAGUCUUUCUUCCAGAAAAGCAACUGUCGACUCCCCAUUAGCCCCAGCCUCGUGGCAAAAGAAAUCAAUAUAAAGGCCUGUUCUUUCUUCAAUUCCAACGCUGUACCUCUCAAGAUUGCACUGGUAAACGCAGACCCGCUGGGAGAAGAGAUUAACGUCAUGUUUAAGGUUGGAGAGGACCUGAGACAGGACAUGCUUGCAUUGCAGAUGAUUCGCAUUAUGGAUCGGAUUUGGCUGCAGGAGGGAUUGGACCUGCGCAUUGUCAACUUUAAAUGCAUCCCUACUGGUAAAGACAAAGGCAUGGUGGAGUUGGUGCCAUCUUCUGAAACACUGAGGAAAAUUCAGGUGGAGUACGGAGUGACUGGCUCAUUCAAAGACAAACCUCUGGCAGAGUGGCUUCGCAAGUAUAACCCUGCUGAGGAUGAGUAUGAGAAGGCCUCAGAGAAUUUCAUCUACACUUGCGCAGGCUGCUGUGUGGCCACUUAUAUCCUGGGAAUUUGUGACCGCCACAAUGACAACAUAAUGCUGCGCUCCACCGGCCACAUGUUCCACAUAGACUUUGGGAAGUUCCUGGGUCAUGCACAGAUGAUUGGUAGUUUUAAAAGGGACCAUGCACCAUUUGUCUUGACCUCUGACAUGGCUUAUGUCAUCAAUGGAGGAGAGAGACCCACUAGUCGCUUCCAGCUUUUGUUGACCUUUGCUCUCAAGCCUACAACUUGAUAUGCAAACACUCCAACCUCUUCCUCAACCUGCUGUCUCUGAUGACACAAUCAGGUUUACUUGAGCUGACAGGAGUCCAGGAUCUUAAAUAUGUACAUGAUGCUCUUCAACCUCAGACUACGGAUGCAGAGGCCACCAUUUUCUUCACAAGAUUGAUUGAAUCCAGCCUGGGUAGUGUCGCCACAAAGUUUAAUUUCUUCAUCCAUAAUUUGGCCCAGAUGCGUUUCUCUGGACUUCCCUCCAAUGAUGAGCCCAUUCUCUCGUUUGCUCC